GCGGUUAGUUCUGUGAGCUUUAACUUGACAACUUGAAUGGCUCCUCGCGCAUAUAUGGGAAGUUCUUCUGUUGUCCCAGUGCGGUACAUUUGUGUUGUAACACACCAUGUACUUUGAUAUCUGAUGGAUAAUGAGAGCAACAUCUUUUCAGAACCAAGGACAGCUCUCAGCAGUCAAUAUGAUCUCGACACUGACGAAGGAUCGCGUGCAGGCACUCAUGACUAGUUUGACAUCUGAAGUGAUGGACGUGCGCUUUCUUAACAAGAUGCACGAUACCACUACACAUUUGCCGACGCCAAGUUUUAUGGAUAACGAGACCAGAUGCGGAGAGCCGAUUUUGAGUUACGGACAUGUUGAAAAAGUGCUCAUCGGAGGGGUUCUGACCUUGCUUACCUUUUUAACAAUCUGUGGGAAUUUGCUGGUGGUAAUAUCAGUGUGCUUUGUAAAGAAACUGAAGCAACCUUCUAAUUACUUAAUCGUUUCUCUGGCCGUUGCAGACCUGUCGGUUGCGGUGGUCGUAAUGCCGUUUGUCAGCAUCACUGAUCUCAUAGGAGGACAGUGGAUCUUCGGUCGUGUUUUCUGUAAUGUUUUUAUCGCCAUGGACGUGAUGUGCUGCACCGCUUCAAUAAUGACACUAUGUGUCAUAAGCAUAGACAGGUACCUGGGAAUCACUAAGCCAUUGACGUAUCCUGUGAGACAGAGUGGAAAGUGCAUGGCCAAAAUAGUGCUGUCUGUAUGGCUUCUCUCUGCUUCCAUCACCCUGCCCCCACUGUUUGGAUGGGCUCAGAAUGUCAACGAUGACAAUGUGUGUCUGAUCAGCCAGGACCUGGGCUACACUAUAUACUCCACCGCCGUGGCCUUCUACAUCCCCAUGUCUGUGAUGCUCAUUAUGUACUACCGGAUAUACAGAGUGGCAAAGGUGAGUGUUGCCAAACACACAAUCGCUGGCUUUCCCAAAGCCGAAGAUGAGGAAAGUGUGAACUGUGUGACUGCGGUCCUAAAGCUGCAGAGGGAGGUGGAGGUGUGUGUGAGCUUUUCUCGCCUUUUCAAAAAUGACCGUAAAAACAUCUCCAUUUUCAAAAGAGAGCAGAAGGCAGCGGCCACCCUCGGGAUUGUUGUGGGUGCUUUUGCAAUAUGCUGGCUGCCUUUCUUCCUGCUUUCUACGGCGCGGCCGUUCAUCUGUGGAGUGCAGUGUAGCUGCGUGCCUUUGUGGGUGGAGAGGACGCUGCUUUGGCUGGGUUAUGCCAACUCGCUCAUCAACCCUUUCAUUUAUGCAUUCUUCAACAGAGACCUCAGGACCACCUACCACAACCUCAUCCGCUGCCGGUAUCGCAACAUCAACCGCAAGCUAUCAGCAGCCAGCAUGCAUGAGGCUUUGAAACUAGCUGAAAGACCUGACCUGGUGUAGGCUGUCCGUACUCUUCACGUCUCUCUAGGGACUCAUGCAGUCAC